CCGUGCGUGGUGGGACGCGGCGGCUGCUGCUUUGCACUUUGAGCGAAUCAGCUUGGGGUCCUCCGGAUGGACUGAGUCGGGGGCGGAGCUGACCUGGAAGUCUCUCAUUGGCCACUGUCCUUUCUAAAGAAGUCACUUGCCUUCCAGAGUCCACCUGCACUGAGCUGCUGGGGACUCUUCGGGAGCUGAGAAUGGCACUCUUCAGGCAGCUGUCCCUGGGUUCCAAGGCUGCCCUGGCUGCAGCCACUGUCUUCGUGUCCAUGAUCCUGUCCCGCUCCUUUCUGGCCGAGACCCUUGAGCUCCAGGCCUGGCGCUGGCUGUUUCGCCUGCAGCUGGUCCUGUUUGUCAACUCGCUCAUGCUCAUUGGUUCCUUGUACAUCUGGCGGAGCACAGUGAGCAACCUCAGCCAUUCCCCUGUCGUGGAAUCUACCUGUUUCCAGCUUUGGAAGCUAGUUGUCACGGCAUUUCUGGCCCUGGCACAUUCCAGUUUCUUCACCAUGCUCUUCUUGGUGGCCGAGGAACCCUAUGUGUUCUCCUUAGCAGCCUACUCCUGCCUGGGGGCUUACAUCAUCAUGGUUUUCUUCCUUUGUAUCUUGAAUGCCAUGGAGCAGGCCUACCAGUUCUUAGCCUGGCGCAGUGGUAGGGUAGUAGGCAGCCUUGACAAGACAAGACACCUGGUGCUCAGGCCUGCCCUCGCGGUGGCGGUGACAGCUGUCCUCAGUACCAUUGGCCUUCUGAAUGCUGCCCAGCCCCCAGUGGUGAAAACCGUGGAGGUGCCCAUCCCUCAGCUCCCGGCCUCUAUGAAUAACCUCAGGAUUGUGCUCCUCUCGGACAUUCACUUAGGGCCCACUGUGGGCAGGACCAAGAUGGAGAUGUUUGUGAGGAUGGUGAACACUCUAGAGCCAGACAUCACAGUGAUUGUGGGUGACCUCUCGGAUUCGGAAGCCUCCAUCCUGCAGACGGCAGUGGCUCCUUUGGGCCACCUCCGGUCCCGUCUUGGCACCUACUUCGUCACGGGUAAUCAUGAGUACUACACAUCAGAUGUCAGCAACUGGUUCACACUGCUGGAGUCCUUGCAUGUCCGGCCUCUGCAUAAUGAGAACGUGAAGAUCUCUGCCCCUGGGGACCAGGACAGUGGUGGGGCUGGUAAAGAGUGGGUCUGCUUGGCGGGCGUGGAUGAUAUAGAAGCAGACAUCCUUCACUACUCUGGCCAUGGCAUGGACCUUGACAAGGCUCUGGAGGGCUGCAGCCCAGAUGAUACCACCAUCUUGCUGGCUCACCAGCCUUUGGCCGCCAAGAGAGCCCUCCAGGCUCGGCCGGAUAUAAACUUGAUCCUUUCGGGACACACUCAUGCAGGGCAAAUCUUCCCCUGGAAUGUCGCAGCCUAUCUCCUGAACCCCUUCUUUGCUGGACUCUACCAAGUAGGCCGGGCCACAUUUGUGUAUGUCAGCCCUGGCACAGCCUACUAUGGGAUACCCAUGAGGUUGGGGAGUAGGGCGGAGAUCACAGAACUCAUCCUGUGGCGGGCUCCCUAAGCCCGCCCCAGUGGUCCUGGCCCUGCCUUGCCCUUGCCCAACACCUCUGUCCAUCUCCUGCUCCAGCCCAGCCCUGCCAGCACCCCUUUGACCACAGCCUGGGAAAUAGCACUUGCAAUGGGGUUGGCAAGUUCAGACUGGUUUACCAGUUCAGAUCAUCAAUUGCUUUUGAUAGCACGCCUGUGAGUCCACUCAUCCACAUAAAUGCAAACACAUUUGUUUUCCAGCUGCUGUGGAGAGGGGUCCCUUUGCAGAGGGUGGGGUCGUUGGAAAGGACACCUCUUGGCUCAGUCUCAGGGAGGGGCAGAAACACUUGUCUCCUGUGGUUUUAACCCUGGUUAGGACUUAGGUGGAUUCUGGAGUUUCUUCAUCUAGAGACAGUUGGUUUGGGCAUGGACCAUGUUGAGAAAUCAAAAAGAGAUGAAUGCCUUCCCUCUGCUUGCUGGAGGAGUGUAUCCCUUUCCUCCUCAGUUCAGUCAAGGUCACCCUCAUUGAGGACAUCAGCAGGACCGGCUGGAACACACGGCCCUCCUGUCUGGACCCUGAGGGUUGCUGAUUGCUGUGCUGGGUGGCUGGAGAAGAAAUCAUGGGAACGGUGGUAGGCGAUGAUGACUCUGCAGUGGCUUAAGUUCUUGGUGGCUCUGAAUCCUGGUUCUGUCUUUGGGUGGCAAUUAAGGAUAGACGGCUUCCAUGUUUGGGGUGGAGGAAAGGACACUGGAUGUGAUGAGGUAUGGCAGAGUGGCUCAGUGACAAAGUGCUUGCCCAGGAGGGGCCAACCCAGCAUCACAAAAGUGUAUGUAAGGGGAAGAGGGAGAGAGAGGGAGAGGAGAGAGAGAGAGAGAAUCUGUGUAUAUGAAGGGGGAGCUGAGUCCUUGUGAAAGUUCAUUUUAUGGCUCAAUGAAUAAGUAGCUUUAGUGGCCAUGGUGAACGCAGGAUUCUAAGUACAGAUAAACAUUAAACAAGGCCCUAGAGCCCCAUGUUCCCUUCAAAGUAGUUUCUUGUUUGAAGCUGGCUUCAGUUCACCCAUACCUAGAUGGAGCGAGGCCUCUAAGAGUUGCUAAUUGCAGGAGGCCAUCUGUUAUAGUUGAAUGAGCCAGGAGAUUGGAACCCCCUACUCAUUACCCCAGGUUUGGGUCUGAUAUUUUUUGUGAGAAGCUGACAUGGGUGUGAUCCAGCUCUGCCCCUGCAAAUUCCCCCAGGCCCUGGCUAUGCAAUGACAGGGCUGUCUUACCUGGUGGGGGCAUUCUAAUCCAUCUGCCAUAGCCUCUGGCCACAGAAGCAUACUAGACCCACAAGGAAAACAAAAGGAGCUGUCUUGUGCAAUGUCUGCAGAUCUGUUGGUCUAGCCUUUGCCAGGGGCCAGAGAGACUUUGCUUUUUGCAUAGCAGAAAGCUGCUCUGAGGAAAAGGCCUUACUGAGAUGUGAUCAGGACCAUCUGGGUAGCUCAGACUCAGGGCCAGGAGUCCUCUGGAAGGACAUACAUACGCCCUCUGCUUGGAGAGGGGUUUCCUGCUGUUUAUGAGGAAGGGUUGAUGCCUGGCAGUGACGAGUCCUCCUAGAUUCUUGACUUCCAUCCGCCCUGAAACGGGCAUAGUUUCUACCUCGAGGCUGCUUUGCUGAGAAAAUGUUGCGUCUGUCCCCACAGUCUUCACUUAGUGUGAUGUUCUAGCACUAAUCCGUGCUAAUCAGAGACCUGCUAAGGAAUGUGCCUGGAGAGUCUCAGGGGCAGCCAGUCCUGGGGACUGUCAGUGGGUGGCAUGCUGCCCUGCAGCAGAGCCCAGAUGUCCAUGUGAUACCUACUAAGUGCCUCCUUCCUGCCGUGUACACACUGCUUUGUACAUGGGGCUUCUUCAUCUUCUUGUCCUUGUGGUGUGAUGGGGUCUGGGGGGUGUAGGAAACUACUCGGGCAUUCUUGUCUCCAGGUAGAUAGGGCCAUCCAACCUCUAAUCCCCAGCUCUCAGCGGUGGAGACAGGACAAUUAGGAGUUCAAAGCUAACAAUGAGCUACUAGUGAGUUUGAGGCCGUCCUGGGCUACAUGGGCCCCUGUCUUGGGGUGGGGAGAGAGAGAGAAAUGCACUUUGUCAUGAAACUGUGACCGUCUCCUCCCCCUCCCACCUCACACAGGAUUUCAGUGCACUGGGAGAGACUUUCUGAAAAACAAAACAAAACAAAACAAAACAAAACACGAUUUAUCAAUGGGCUUCUAGGAGAGGCCACCACUCAGCCUGUAGCUCUCCCAGAGCCUUUUAGGCACCACUCCCCCCUGCCACCUCCAGCAACACAAUGAUCACUUUCUCCAGUGUUCUCCAUUUCCGGUGGCUCAGCCCCUUUUGGGGGUCAUGACUGCCCUCUGAUCCACUUUUCUUUGCAUCUCAGCGGACAGAGUUGACAUCUUUUCACUCCAGGCUCCAGGUGACAUUCCUGUUAAUUUUUUCUGGUUCCUUGAUCUCUGGAUCUUUCUCUUCGAGGCACUAGGCUUGAUGAAGUUAGCUUUGGCCAUCCUGGGUCUCUCGUGUUUGAUACCAUCAUGUUGGGAUCCAUGUGCCCGUCAUCCAUUCUGUUGUUUUUAUUUUAGAGGCAGGGUCUUGUUGUGUAUACCAGAUGGCCUUCAACUUACAGUCAUCCUCCUGCCUCUGUCUCCCAAGAGUUGGAUGCCAGGCGUGCGUCACCACGCCCGACUCCUUCAUCCUCUCUGAACAGUCUGUUUCACUGAAUACUUUUCUGUUAACAGAAGGGGUUGGGCUACACCUCACUGGUAGAGAACUUGCCUAGCACGUGGGAGGCCCUAGGCUCAGUCUCAGGACCAUCACAGAAAGGGAAGAUAGUGAGCAGAGCAAUGAGGUGGCUCAGCCCGUGACAGCCCCACAAAGCCUGACUUCUGAGCUCGCUCGUGUGUGGUACCAGGUGUGUGCCCACAUUUAUACAUGCAUCACGUAGCACACACACACAAUAGCAUGAAUAGAGCAAUCUCUGAAGACAUGAGACUGCCCGCUCUUGUGUAGAAGGGAAACAGCUGUUCUGUGUUCUCCUCAGCUCUUCUGUGUCCUGCUUGUUUGCUCCUUCACUUUCUUCGCUUCCGGGUUAGGCUCCAUGUAGGCUCGCAGGUGUUCAUGGAAUUCCUUUCUCCUCCUCCUCCCUCCUUGACUGGGAUUCACUCUCUUCCUGCCUCAGACCCUUGACUCUUGGGAUCACAGAUAGUGCCACCACCACAUCCGUCCUCUUACAGUCGUGUUUAUUUUGUGGUACCAGUCGUAAUGUCCCCUCUUUCCUUUAUAAAUUCAGUUGUUCAAGUGUAGCUAAAGGGUUGCCAAUUUCAUUGCCAAAUACCAGUUUUGCUUAUUCUUUUGUGCUGUUUUUGUUUUUUUCUGGUUCCUAUUUCAUUGAUCUCUGUUCGGGUGUUUUGGUUUGGUUUCUUUGUUGUUAUUGUUGUUUUUUGUUUGUUUGUUUUGAAGACAGGGUCUCAAUAUGUUACCCUGUCUGGCCUGGAACUCACUACAUAGACCAGGCUGGCCCAAAACUCAAGGAGAUCUCCUGCUUCAGCUGCCUGAGUGCCGGGAUUAAAUGAGUGAUUAAAUGAGUGCACCGCCGAGCCCUGUUCUUUCUCCAAUUUCUCAAGGAACUGUUUUUUUGUUUUUCAAGUCAGGGUUUCUCUGUUGAGCCCUGGCUGUCCUGGAACUCGCUCUGUAGACCAGGCUGGCCUGGAACUCACAGAGAUCCACCUGCCUCUGCCUCCCGAGUGCUGGGAUUAAAGGCGUGCACCACCAAAACCGGGCAGAACUGUCUUUUUAUGAUUCUUUUUGGUUUGAAUCAAAGUCUGAAAAUUUUCCAUAUGUUGUGCAUGCACCAUCUCUUUAAGUCUGUAACAUUCCUCUUGCACCUGUGUGCGGAAAGAAGUAAAUGAAAAUAAUUGAGAACAUCUUUAUUUAAUGUGUAUUUUAAUUUAAAAUUGUGUGUGUGUGUGUGUGUGUGUGUGUGUGUGUGUGUGCGCGCGCUACAGUGCUAACAUGGCGGUCAGAGGUCAGCAGGAGGAACUAGUUCUCUCCUACCAUGUGGGUCUCUGGGAUCGAACUCAUGUUUUCAGCUUGGUGCCAUCGCACCUUUCCUCAGCUAUUUUUUUUCUUUUAGAUUUAUUUUUAUUUUUAAUCAUGUGUAGGUUUUUGUGUCUUACACGUGGGUAUAUGCACAUGUGUGCAGGUGCCUGAGGAAGCCAAAGGCCCGGAGCUGGGAUUGGAGACGGCCAGGGGCUGCUUGACUUGGGUCCCCCGAAUCACUGAGCCAUCUCUCCAGCUUCUUAUUUUUAUUUUUUUAAAACUAUACAUUUGUCUUAUUUUUCCACCUGAGAUAGAGGGACAGAAUUAAGCUGGUUGGGAGUGCAGGAGGGUUAGGGUCCAGACCCAAAGUGCCCGUUGCUCUCUGCCCUCCAUUUUGCUAUCCUCUGCCUCUCCCGUGGUAGUAUCUUCUAUUUAGCCAGACCUUUGAAAUGUGAAAAAGUUUUUAGCACAGACAUAUAUGAAUAAGCAGAGAUAUGGGAUAGAGGAGGCAUCCACAAAUCUGUCCCUAGGGGUACUGACGGUCACCAUAGACCUCAGUUUCUGCUCUCCCCCAGCCUGUCUGAAGUGACGUGCGGACCACAGCAGCCUCUGGGCUUCUGAUCAUCUGGAAUCCUUCUUGACUUUCUCUUUGAUAUGUGACCUUAGGGACCAUAGAGGCACACCUGCAAAGCCCUCCCAGCUGCUCCCCCUCUUCUCAUGGCCCUGGGUUGCUAAUGGUCAGCUGGGUUUUUCUACCCUGGAGCUGAGGUGUCCCUGCCAGGAGCUCCACAGGCCCCUGGGGUGAGUUGACAGGGCUUGUGGAGAUCCAUUGGUAGGAAUUUCCCAGCUUUCUCCCAAAAGACCUGGAGGCCAAGAUCUUGACCAGUUCGUAAUGACCCUUAACCUGUGAUGUCACCAAGCUGCUUUUCCUCUUUGUUCCAGUCCAGGGUUGUGCACAAGGGAUGCAGAUAUAUUUAUUUUUAGCACCGAGGACUAGAACUCUUGGGGGAGAUGUUCAAGUUGCCCAUUGAUGCCUAUACUGUUACAGUUAAUGUUUUGUUUUGUUUAUGAUACUUACAACUGAAAAAAAAAAUCACACUGGUCAGUAUUAGACCCUUGAGGAGUACUUGGUCUACGGUGUUUUGUUUGUACUGCCUUUUUCUUUUUUUAAAACUCCAAUAUCAUCUGCAUUAUGUGUAUAGUGGGGGCAGGGACUCAAGGGGGCCUGAACAUCCCAUGUGGUUGCUUGGAAUUGUGUUUUGCUUUAUGUUCUUGUGGUUUUCUACUUUGUGAACACUUAUGCCACUACACCCUGCAAGUGUGAAAUAAAGAUUUAUCUUUCAUGAUGCCA